UGGAUCCGGCGGCGCCUGCGCGGGGCCCUCGCUCCGCUCCGCUCCGCUCCGCUGCGCUGCCCUCCCUCAGCGCCGCGCCCGGCCCGGCCCGGCCCGGCCCCGCCGGCAGCGGGGGCAGCUGCGGGAACGGGCGCUGCGGAGCCGCCGAGGAUGAGCUGGUUCAACGCCUCGCAGCUGUCCAGCUUCGCCAAGCAGGCGCUGUCGCAGGCGCAGAAGUCCAUCGAUCGGGUGCUGGACAUCCAGGCCGAGGAGACCCCCUGGCCCGACGCCGUCAUCCCCGACUACGGUGACGGAACAAAUUCUCUCAUAAGUGGAGGAUGGGACACAUCUUCCUGGGGCUUGAACUCAACUACAGAACCCCAGAAUCAGCCAGUAUCACCCACAGCUAUCACAAAGCCGGUGAGGAGGACGGUAGUGGAUGAAUCUGAAAACUUCUUCAGUGCCUUUCUCUCCCCAACAGACGUUCAGAGUAUACAGAAAAACCCAGUGGUGUCCAAACCUCCAGCCAAAUCACAGCGACCCAAAGAGGAGGUGAAAAGCACUUUAAAGGAGUCUCAACACUCCAGUCAGCUGGAAGGGCCAGUGACAGCAGAGGCAGAGGUGAAGGAUUCCUCCGUAGCUGACCUGGACUUGAAAAGCCUUGAUAUUCCCGAGGAGAAAUUAGAAGAGAAUGCUGUGCUUAAAUCUGAUGCCCAGCAUGAAGCAAGCACAAAUGAAGUCACUGACAAAAAGGUGUCUGCUCUAAAUUUUGAAGAACCUGAAGAUUCUCCUAGUGAAAAAUCCAGUGUAGUUGGGGAUGGAGCAGCAGGUGCACCCGAGGGCACUUCUCAGCCCCUUGGAGCAGGCACGAAAGACCUGGCUUUGGAAGGGAAGGAGAGAAAGACUGAGGACAGACAAAGCAAUACCCCAUCACCUCCCAUCAGCACCUUUUCCUCAGGCACUUCCACAACCAGUGAUAUUGAAGUUCUGGACCACGAAAGUGUGAUAAGUGAGAGCUCAGUAAGUUCCAGACAAGAAGCUGCAGAUUCCAAGUCCAGCCUUCACCUCAUGCAGACGUCGUUCCAGCUCUUAUCCACGUCUGCCUGUGCGGAUUAUAAUCGCUUAGAUGACUUCCAGAAAAUGACUGAGAGCUGUGGCUCCUCGGAUGCUUUUGAAAGAAUUGAUUCGUUCAGUGUGCAGUCCUUGGAUAGCAGGAGUGUCAGUGAAAUAAAUUCAGAUGAUGAGUUGUCAGGCAGGGCUUCUGCUUCAGCGUCUGUCGCUGUCAGUCCUUCCGUGCCAAAGACAGAAACGGUUGACGCCCUGAAAAAUAAAUCUGAAAACUUGAAUGAUGCUUCUGUGCUACAUGCUGAGGAAGCUGAGAUGGAAGAGAGUGGGAGAAGUGCAACCCCUGUUAAUUCUGAGCAGCCAGAUGUUGUUUUGGUUGCUGCUGUGCAAACUGUUGAAGGACAGGUUGUGAAGGAGGAGGCUGAGCCCCAGCAGGAUGCUGGGGAACAAUUGGUAGAAGAGGACACUGAAAAGCAAGAGCUUAAAAAGAUGAUUGAUUCAUUAACUGAGAAGCUGGAGAAGAGGGAAAUACAGUUACUAAGCACUAGUAAAGAGAGGGCUCGCUUGGAAGAAGCUUAUGAUAACCUCAAAGAUGAAAUGUUUAGAAUGAAAGAAGAGAGCAGCAGCCUUUCAUCUCUUAAAGAGGAGUUUGCUCAGCGAAUUGCAGAUGCUGAGAAGAAGCUCCAACUAGCCUGCAAAGAGAGAGAUGCAGCUAAAAAGGAAGUAAAGACUGUUAAAGAGGAAUUGGCUACUAGACUUAAUACCAAUGAAACUGCUGAAUUAUUGAAAGAAAAAGAAGAGCAAAUCAAAGGAUUAAUGGAGGAAGGAGAAAAGCUUUCCAAGCAGCAGCUGCAGAAUUCCAACAUUAUUAAGAAAUUAAGAGCCAAAGAGAAAGAGAGAGAAAAUAUUAACACAAAACAGAACAAAAAGAUUAAGGAAUUGGAAGAGGAGUUGCAGCAUUUAAAACAGGUGCUUGAUGGCAAGGAGGAUCUUGAGAAGCAGCAUCGAGAUAGCAUUAAACAACUGAACAGUGUUGUGGAGAGACAAGAAAAGGACCUCACUAAACUUCAGGCAGAAGUGCAGGAACUUGAAGAAAGGAACAGGAGUGUGCAGGCAGCACUCGACAGUGCAUACAAGGAACUUGCAGACCUUCAUAAAGCGAAUGCUACAAAGGACAGCGAGGCUCAGGAAGCAGCCCUGAGUCGGGAGAUGAAGGCGAAGGAAGAGCUUGGGUUAGCAUUGGAAAAGGCCCAGGAGGAGGCUCGGCAGCAGCAAGAAGCUUUGGCAAUUCAGGUGGCAGACCUGAGGCUGGCACUGCAACGUGCAGAGCAGCAGGCAGCAAGAAAAGAAGAUUAUUUACGGCAGGAAAUUGGUGAACUACAGCAGAGACUCCAAGAAGCAGAGAGCAGGAACCAAGAGCUGAGCCAAAGUGUGACCUCUGCUACACGGCCCCUGCUGCGGCAGAUAGAGAACCUGCAGGCCACGCUGGGAGCACAGACCUCUGCCUGGGAGAAACUGGAGAAGAACCUUUCUGACAGGCUGGGUGAGUCUCAAACUCUUCUAGCAGCAGCUGCUGAGAGAGAAAGGGCUGCUACAGAGGAACUUCUUGCUAAUAAAAUUCAGAUGUCUUCUUCUGAAUCUCAAAAUAGUCUUUUAAGGCAAGAAAAUACCCGUCUUCAGGCUCAGCUGGAAGUGGAGAGAAACAAAUUGAAGAAAAUGGAAAAUGAGAACAGCAGGUAUGAGGUUGAACUAGAAGGGCUCAAAGAUGAGUAUGCAAAAACCCUGGAAGAUGCAAAGAAAGAAAAGGCACUGCUGGCUACUCAGUUGGAAAUGGAGAAGAUGAAGGUUGAACAGGAGAGAAAGAAGGCUGUUCUUGUCCAAGAAGCAGCAAAGGAGAAGGACCGAAAGUCAUUCACAGUUGAAACUGUAUCAAGUACACCCUCAAUGUCCCGCUCCAGUUCCAUAAGUGGGGUGGACAUGGCAGGUCUUCAGACCUCUUUCCUCUCACAGGAUGAUCCUCAUGAUCACUCCUUUGGACCAAUAGCUACCAGUGGGAGCAAUCUCUAUGAUGCAAUAAGGAUGGGAUCAGGUUCAAGUAUAAUUGAAAACCUUCAGUCACAGCUAAAACUAAGAGAAGGGGAGAUUUCACAUCUACAGCUGGAAAUUGGAAACCUGGAGAAAACUCGAUCAAUAAUGGCAGAAGAGCUGGUUAAAUUAACAAAUCAAAAUGAUGAACUUGAAGAAAAAGUGAAGGAAAUAACCAAAUUACGCACACAGUUAAAGGAUUUGGAUCAGAGGUACAACACCAUUCUCCAGAUGUAUGGGGAGAAGGCAGAGGAGGCUGAGGAGCUCCGACUGGAUCUGGAAGAUGUGAAAAACAUGUACAAGACUCAGAUAGAUGAACUUUUAAAACAAAGACAAAAUUAAUUCCUUGUGGAACUGUUAGCAUUGUAUGGUGACAGUCUGUAAAGAUAACUGUUUAUGUAAAUGCUGAAUUUAAAUGUCUUGUAAAAAACCCCUGUAUUAUAGAAAAUGUGACUAUAUUAUAGAGUUCAUAUGUUGACAGAAGAAUCAAUGCUUUAAGUGUCCUGUUCUGUCUGCAGUUAAAUUAUUUGUGCAAUAUUUAAUUUUAUUUCUUCAGUCAUCCCUUUAUUUAAGUUUUUGCUAAAUGGUCGGCCAUUUUACCUAAACAGCAGAAAUUAUGGUUGUUACCUUGUGAGACAGAACUGGAAGGCAUGAGUAGUACUAAAAGCAGCCCUUGAUUCAUAAUCUUUGCAAACCUAUGAAAAUCACAUUAGAAGUCUGUCUCAAGUGUUCAUACGAGUUUUUCUAAAAUCUCAUCAGGUAAUUUUUAAUAACUAAGCAGCAGGGACUUGCUGUCUGAAGCAUACCUGGUGGAUAUUUUUAUGACAGGAAAAUCUUAGAUUUGUGCUUACAACAUCUGAACACAUCAGGGUGAUUAUUCUUAGACAAAUCAGAUUAGUCUGACUACUUAACACUAAGUCCUCUAAAGCAGAGUGUGAGACUCAGAUGAGACUUCAAAUUACAGCUUCAUCUUGUAUAUUGCUUGUGUUCUCAUGAGCAGUCUGGAGACAGCAGCUCUGCUUGUAAUGAUAAAUGUGUUCAACUUUUAACACCAGAAAUCUGAGCUGUUAAAUAUCUGUUCUAGAUUUAGUAGCUGAUUUUUAAGUAGCUAGAACAGAUCAGAAGAAUGCAGGAAACUGAUUUUUUAAAAAUAAAUGGCUGCAGAUCUCAUGGUUCCUUUUAUAUAAUUAGCAAGGGUUAGACUUGUAAAACUGAACUGUGUCUUAAUAAUAGAGCAAGUCUCCAGUGGCUGCAGAGUAUUUCUCAUGCCAUUCCUUAAGCAAGGUAUUGGUCAAACAGCACUCAUGUGACUUGGAGUUGAGCUGCAUUUUUGGUAAUGUCAGAGGAAAUGUUUGAAUGGGUCCCUUGGGAAUGCUGAGAAGGAGCUAUGGUCUUCCUCUCUGCAUUCCAGAGAACAAAUAUUUUGCUGCAUCUCAGAACCUACUCAUGUGAAAUACUGGGCAGUUGAAAUUCUUUGCUUAUCACACCAGUGCCUCUGUUGGGAGAGGUUUUUUUUUUCCCAGACCAGUGCACGUUGUAAUUUGGGAACUCUUUUCCUGCUUGGGUAUUUGGUGGCCUGACACACAAAGGAUGUGAAGGAUGAGGAGUUGCUUCUGGACAAAUGCCUCUUGGUAAUAUGAUUUUACUAUGGGUGUUAAGGAUUUAUUCCUCACUGGGAGAACAGGAUUUAUUCCUCACUGAAGUUACACAAGCAAGGGAAUGUUCAUGGAAAAUCCUAGUCUGAUUUGACAUUCAGGCAGUUGCUCUGUGAGGAUUUCAUUAAAGCCAUAGAGCCAGAACACUUAAAUUUGUUGUAACUCCCCAUCUGUCAUAGAAACUUCUAAGUGCUUUAAUAAAAAUAAUUUUUUCCCUUCCUUUUUUUUUUUUUUUUUUUUCAUUGGGAGGUGGGAGGGAAUUACCCUCUUGUCUUCAUUUCAGUUUUAGAAACCAUGGUGGUACGAUUUUUCUUCUAAAAACCUCGGAAUUUAAUACUUUACCUUCAUAUUAAAGCAUGGUUUGUUGCUCUAAGUUUCUGGAAAACCCCAGACCAGUCAAACCUAAGCAAAAAUCAGUGCAUAUUAAAACACUUGCUGGAAUUUUACUGAUUUAGAAUUAUGAUGUACAAGGGUUAGUUGAGCCUUUUCUUAAGAAAACAACUCUUUGUGAUGGUCAAAGAUUAGAAAUUCUGUUCAGGUUUUAUCUACUACAGCAAAUCAAUAACUUCCUGGUUUUCACUUUUUUUUAUGAUCUUGGCAGAUAAAUGCAGCAAAGAAAAAUAAAUUAUUUUAUACUCCUGAAGGACUGACAGUUCUGAGUAUGUCUUGGGCUAUCUCGUUUACGAGAGCUUAGGUAAAAGGGAAAUUUUAACAUGCAGUCAGCAUUAACUGUUUUAGAUGUAAAAAUGCAAAAGGUACUAGAUUUUUAAAUUUUACUAAAGUAGAUGUAAAUAUUUCUAUUGAUUAUAUUUGGAUUCUAUAGUCCCUUGUAGUGCAGCCUUUAAUACCACCUGAAAAUCAGAUGGCCUUCUGUGUCUUAAUCAUCAAAGCCUUAGAAAACAAAGUGGCUGUUGGAAGGUAACAUAGGCUUUAAAAUAUCCUGGUUUGCUCAUCUUUGAUCUAGUUGUAUGCUUGUUUUGAAGAAACUUCGUUUGCUUGAACACAAUUCAUUGCUCUUACUGAGAUUGCCUAGAAGAGUAACGUGCAAAAUGAAUUAGGCUAGAAUUCUAGUACUCACUUUAGACAAAAGUUACUGUUUUAGAACAUUCCUUCUGAAAGCAACUAAUUUAUCUCUCAUUUUCACUGCAUAUUCAAGUAUGAAGAAAUGUUAUUUAAAGGUUACUCAGUGUAGUGUUCAGAGGGAGCUGAAUUGCUGAUGGAAAGGCCUCUGGAUGUAGGCAGGUUUGGAUGAGGAAUACUCUGGUACUCACUUCCUUUAGGAACUCGAGAGCCCAUGUUCAAAAUCUCUUGUCAAAUUCACAUGAAAGAAGGGUUCUAUUUUUUUUUCCUGCUACAUGUUGUAAUUUAUGUGCUUAUGUUUUACUAAGGGCUAUAAUGAUCCUUUAUAAGAGGUGAAAUGGUUAUCACAGUGAAAUUGAACCCCUUGGUUUCGAGUUGUAAAAUAUGUAUAAACUGUAAAAAGCACGGGUCAGCGUAAAAUAAAAUUUUCCGCUAACAGUG